AUGUUCGAGCUUGUGGGCCUGUCCUUUCCGGACCAGGUCCCACACCGCCAACAUCGAGCAAGAAUCGGACAGCACGGCGUUUCACUUGGCAAUCAAGGUCGACAGGAAGAGCAAAUAUGCGAAGAUGAUACGAAUGCUACUGUUGACUUGGCUGAUGAGGAUCUGAAUGGUGCUAUUACUGUGGGCGACGGACCUAUCGCUACGACUCGUACCACUUGGCUCAGCAGUCCAUAUUCUACUCUGGGGUGCAAUCUUGUAGACCCAUUCGAUAGCCUAUGUGAAAACCCUGAACGAUUGCGACAACUUCUGAGACAUCGUAUGAACCCGUCUCGUCGAUUUGCUUUUGCAUCAGCAAGAUCUGCCGGUGAACCAUUGUUUCGGAUUGACCAACAAACCAAUUUGGUCAUAUUUCAGGGCUUCCAUGUAAAGGAUUCCCCAUUGCCUUUCUUGGCUGAUAAGACGCUAUUCCAUGCUCUAUCUCUCCUGCUUGCUUCGCAGGCCAACGACCACCUACCCAACUAUGAGACUCUGCAUCACCGUGGUCAGGUGCUCAAGUCUCUCAGACUAGACCUGUUGCACUCUCGUAAUGGCGUACCAUCACUGCAAGUCAUCACGGCCAUUCUGAUGCUUAUCAGUUAUGAAUACCGAGUGGGGGACACCCAGUCCAUCCAUUACACAGCCGGUUUGCAUAUUCGUGGGCUUCAAAGAAUGAUCUACCGACCCGAUAUCCUAGCCAGCGGGUAUAAUCCCGAACGCGUCCAGCAGUUACAACGCGCUUUAUUUUGGCAGGACAUAAUAUGCUCCUUGGCGACAGGUACGCCUCGUCUGCUACCAUUUGUUCAUCAUGGUGCUUUCGAUCACUUACGAGAAGACAAAAUAUAUGCCAGCUGCUUUGCUUUGCCAGAGGGACUCACGCCACAUAUUGGUAGCUGGCCUGAGACAUCGCUAGCCGUGUUUGAAGACCUCAACGCCAUGUGUCAGCUUGUGGACAGAAUGCACGGGCAAAAUACAUCGACACACUUGUCCGACAGUGAUGUGAAUACUACCACCGUCCCUGUACCACUAAUGGAAGAUUUAGAUGACGAGGGUUACCCACUGUACAACAACCAAGCCGAUUUGGAGAUUCGGCUCGUGGAUCUUCUCAGUCAGACAACAGGAGCAAAUCCUCAUAAUCAGGAUGACUUGAUCUACAGAGCGUGCCUUUUUGCUGCAUAUCUCUGUACAUACAGACUCUCUUCAGGUCUUUGGGAAGGUCAAUACGUUCCAGAGAAGUGUGUCACAGAGAUAUUGAGGUGCAUGGCAGACUUCACAAGACACAUGUCACCGUGGAAGCUUGCGCCUGACAUAUCAUUUUGGCUAUUAAAUGUGGCAGGCGGCCUGACGAAGAACCAGUUCAAUGGAAAGCAAGCGGCAGCGUUGGUACAACGGUACCGGUCUUUUUAUCCAACUGGUUAUAAUCAGGACUGGGAGGUGGUUGAGGUGAGGUUAAGGAAGUUUGUAUGGUGCGAACACACAAUGAAGUCAAAUCUUUAUCGAUUUUGGCAAGAAUGUCAGAAUAUCUAA